CGCUCAACACACAAGUCUAGUCGACUUCCUUCAACCGCACGGUUUCCUUUAAACAUUAUAAAAUGAUUAAACUGACAAUCCUCCUAGCCAUCGUGGCCAUCGCGCACUGUGGGGUAAUAGCGCCCAUAGUACCAGUCGCGCACCCCGUAGUGGCCCACCACGUAGCGCCAGUGGUCGCCCACCCAGUGGUCUCCCACAGUGCGGUGGUGCACCCGGCGCCCAUCGUGCACGCGCCCGUCGUCCACGCCGCGCCCGUAGUGCCCGUGGUCAAACAUCAUGUUGCGCCCAUCGUGGCCGUGCACCACCAUUAAAUUGGAGUGUAAUAUUGUGAUAUUAUUGUGAUAGUAAAAUAUAAUAUUAUAAUAUAUAUAUU